AUGGAGCCGGAGACGUGCGCUAGAUUGUCUGAUGAGCGCGAGAGGAGAGCCAUAUUCAACUCGUGCGUGGGAUGGCUGUACGGCGAGGGCCGGUCCGGAGCCCGAGGGCACGUCGAGGCUUUCCUGUCCGCGCCUGUCCGCGCGCCGCGCUCAGCCAUCGCGCUUGCACCCCGACGAGCCAAUUUGUCGACGUGUUCUUGUCGCUCACUGCGACGUCUAUCGGAUGCUUGUCGCGUGCGCUGCAUUCUUGCGAACGCAAACGACAGACGAGGAACUGCGGUAUUGAGCGGACUGUCAAUGCUCAGGAGGGCUGGCAGAGGCUGCAAGCACCUUGCUCGGAACAUAUCUGCCAACAACACCGCUCUCAAUCUUGCGCCUCAGACAUGUCCGCCUCCCCACCUUCGCAAACAUGCUAUAGCCCCGAAGGCCGGUGUCCAAGUCGAGACGCAGGAGCAGACCACCUCACAUACCGGGCCAGCACCCGGAGCUUCGGGGACACCAAACCGGAUACGCGCCAAAGAUUUUACUCGCAUGCUAGCGCGUCCACCCGAGCCGUUCCUCGACUUCCUAGAAGAACCGUUCGAGGGCUUGUCAAGCCUCAAACUAUUGAAACGUGUUCCUCGCAUUCUCAAGACGCCUCAGGGUCGUAUACGCCCGGAAGCGGUAUUCAAGAACUCGCGUCAACUAGUCGAUAUGUGCGAGAAGCUUUUGGACACGCAGAAGCCGUCGCUGGCCCUUCGCGCCUUGUCAAUCGCCCGGCACAUCGGCGAAGCGCAACUGAACGAUCGGCGGGUAUGGGAGAGAAUAGCUCACGCGAUUGCAUCACGAAACCUAUGGGCGCUCAUGCCCGACCUCCUCGCUCUCGCAAGGUCCAGCAUGGGUACACCCACUGUACGGCUGCUGAACUGGUGGACGCGUUCCCUGCUCGAGGCAUCCGACUACGCGACCCUACGCACUGUCCCUCGGAUUUUCGCACAGGAAUCACGUCGGCCGGACAGGACGACAUACCAUCUCAUGCUCUCAGGAUUCCUACGCAAUCGCGACCUCGCCGCCGCCAUGCACAUACUCGAGCUCAUACGGCUCGAGGGCAUGUCUGUGGACGCAAAGACCCAAGCCGUCAUAGCAUCGUCGUAUCGCUCUCUCGGCCCAGACGUGGAUGUCAGGCACCAAGCCCUUCAAGCUCUCCGGUCUGGCAGCGCUUCCACGUCCACCACUAUCUUGAACGCUUUACUGCAGUUGUCCGUCGACAACGAAGACGGCGAGUGGAUUGGCAUCAUCCUCGAGUUGCUGGGGCUCGAUCAUAUCGAUAUUUACCGCCAAGUGAACCCAACUGGUUCUUCUUUCCUCCCCGACGAAGACGACUUCCAGGACGAGGACAUAACAUUGUCCGCCCAGACCAUCGAGGCCGUCACAACGUUUCGCAUCACUCGCACGUCACUCCGCGUCGCACCGGACGUCGCGUCGUAUACGAUUUUGAUGAACUUCGCGGCAGCUAGGAAGGACCUCGAUUCGUUCAUCUCUCUGUUUGCGCACAUGCAGGGUCAAGGGAUUCAGCCCGAUAACAUCCUUCUAUGCUCUUUGCUGCGCGUACUCUUCGCCGUAGACAGACCCAUAGCGGCGCUUCGCGUAGCUGCAGACAUCUACGGCGAAAGCCCGACGGCGAAAGAGAUUCUGCAUUCACUGGCGGAAGACAUCCCUGGGCACGAGAGCGAGGAGUUUCCCUUCAUCGACGCGAAGCCGUCAGUAGCCGUCCUCAAUACGCUAGCGUCGGGCUUAUACAGGAGCCUCGGACUCUCUGGAUUCGAUCGCGUUCUUCAGGUCAUGCACGCCUGUGAUCUUUCCCCAGACGAACAGACUGUCGAGGUGCUAGCCGCGCGCUUGUUCGCGGAUGAGAAUGCCGAUCCGGACAUCAUACUCGCCACGAUUAGGCGUCUGAUCUCCUCUUCUUCCGCCGCCACACUUCGGCACUGUGACGUGCUUCUCCAGGCUGUUGUUCGCCGGGCUAAGCGGGCGACGGGGUUGUCUGCGUGGAUACCAAAGACAACUCGCGCACACCAUGGGGCCUUGUCAGAGCGUCAGAACGUCAACAUGGCAAUUACGGCUACCGGAGAUGCGCUGGAAGGACCCACCGCCGGCCUCACUCUCGCGAACCCCGCCGAAUACGCCAUGUUCAAGCCGAUACAGGACGCACUUGCUGACCGCGGCAUUCGCGCCGACAGGUCGAUGCUCGCCCUUCGCCUCCAGUACGAAGGAGUGCGACAAAACAUGUCCACAGCGAAGGCGAUCUUUCAAUCGAUGCUCGAUCAUGGCCUAUACCCGACGGCGCACCAUUACGCUAGCCUCAUGGACGGAUAUGCCUCAGUCCACGACGUCGAAAACGCGAUAAAGGUCAUGGAGGCCGCGGAGGAAGCCGGUAUUGCUCCCAACGAGGUCAUGUAUACCAUCCUCAUCACCGCUUAUGCACGCAUGGGGGAGCCCGAGCUCGCUACUCGCACAAUGACGGAGAUGAUCGAGCGUGGUAUUCGCCCGGAUGUGCCAGCCAUUGACGCCGCUGUCAGCGCGUAUGCUUAUCUUGGACUUUGGCACUCCGCGCGGCGCGCCUUGCUUGGGCUCUGGCCGCAAGAUCUGCCUGCGCCUGUAAACCCGGACAAGAAGACUGUCGUCAAGCUUAUGCGGGAACUGCAUGCGCUUCGCAAGGGACGACAGGCGUCUUCACGCAAAUUCACUCAGCCGCAGCGAGCGCAUCUGAUUGGCCAUCUUAGAGGAAUAAUCAAGAGAAUGCUCUCGGAGGCGAAGCAGUCAAAGAAAGGUUCCCCGGCGCGGGCUGUUCUGAAGGAGCAGUAA